ACUGCGGUCAUUUUGCCGAUGUAAGUCCGCAACCAAGAGCCGGGGGACUUGGAACCGGACCGACUGGGACACCUGUUAAGUUCAGAAGCAAAGGAUCAGUAAAGGGCAAUCCCACGCAUGAACUGAACGACAGAAGCCUACACCGAGGAUACAAAACCACCGGCGAACAUGCGCACAGUCCACUAACCGAAACAAAUCUAUCUCAAGCUCGAUUCUGUGUUCAUACUUACUAAGUUGCAAGCCGAUACGCCUCUUCCGCGCCGAUCCUGUCGGAAGAGGCGCGAAAUGCACGUGCGUGCUACUUGUUUACCAUAGCACAGAGGUAAUCACACGGCACAGCCAGUCUGAGUCCACGGUAGUUCUGGCGUCGAACGAACAUGAAGUGUGUGGAGCACUUGAUGCCAAGCGUUCCAAGCGGAAAUUCAGCCUGCAGUCUGCAGGUUGCAGGUCAAUUGCGACACCCCAACGGCAUCCCUACCGAUAGUAUGUCCUCUCCCCUCCCCAAAGCAAACCAACACCCGUCACCACCAUCACCAUCACCAUCACCAUCAUCAUCAUCCCUGCUUGGGGGCGAAGCGCAUUCACCCGGUCAUGUAAGCGAUGAUCACCGCAUAGUUAACCUGCCUUCAACCCGCGCGAUCGAGCAGAUUCAACCUCAGUUAUUCAGGACUCUUCUUGCAACAGCUCAGAAAAAAAAUCACUUCGCCCCUUGAGAUAACCUCCGUCAUGGCGCGCCUCCAGGCUCCAGUCGUGGCGCGACACGCCGUUUCCAUGGUCACCGUCUCCACGGUCCUCCAGACGGGGGCGUUUCUCGCGGUUCUGCUGCGGUUCCUGGCC